CGUCCAGCAGCUGAUCGGUAAUCCAGAAGAAGUUUCCCCUCAGUUAGGGGGGAGCUCCACUUUGAAGCAGGAGACUCCACAACCACCCUGCAUUAAAAAGGAAGAGGAGGAACUCUGCAUCACUCAGGAGGGAGAGUGUCUUCUAGGACGAGAGGAAGCUGAUUACACCAAGUUUCCACUGAAUGUUAUCUUUGUGAAGACUGAAGAUGAUGAAGAGAAACCACAAGUUGACAACCUCUUAGCUCCACUAUCAGAUAGUGAGGCUGAAGACGAGGUUGAAGAAUCUUUGAGCAGCGAUACAGACUGUGAAGGUGAUAUGAGGACUCACACUGACAACAAACACUCUGAGUGCUCUUCAAAGAAGAGAAGUAAAACAUGUUUGAGCUGCUCGGUUUGUGCUAAAAGUUUUACUAGCAAGAGCCUUUUGACUCGACACAUGAGAACACACACAGGUGAAAAACCAUUCAAUUGUUCAGUUUGUGGCAAAAGCUUUCCUCUAAAUUUUCGUUUGACUGAACACAUGAGAAUACACACAGGAGAAAAAACAUUUAACUGUUCGAUUUGUGGUAAAAACUAUUAUUUUAAGAGCCGUUUGACUCGACACAUGAGAACACACACAGGUGAAAAACCAUUCAGUUGUUCAGUUUGUGGCAAAAGCUUUUCUCGAAAUUGUGAUUUGACUGAACACAUGAGAACACACACAGGUGAAAAACCAUUUAGUUGUUCAGUUUGUGGAAAAAGCUUUUCUCGAAAUAUCAAUUUGACUCACCACAUGAGAACACACACAGGUGAAAAAACAUUUACUUGUUCAGUUUGUGGCAAAAGCUUUUCUCGAAAUAUCAAUUUGACUCACCACAUGAGAACACACACAGGUGAAAAACCAUUUAGUUGUUCAGUUUGUGGCAAAAGCUUUUCACGAAGUAAUAAUUUAACUUACCACAUGAGAACACACACAGGUGAAAAAGCUUUUAAGUGUUCAGUUUGUGGCAAAAGCUUUUCUGUUAAGAGCAAUUUGACUCAACACAUGAGAACACACUCUGGAGAAAAAUCAUUUAGUUGUUCAGUUUGCGGUAAAAGCUUUUCUGUUAAGAGCAGUUUGAUUGAACACAUGAGAACACACACAGGUGAAAAACCAUAUAAGUGUUCACUUUGUGGCAAAAACUUUUCUGUUAAGAGCAAAUUGACUCAACACAUGAGAACACACACUGGAGAAAAACCAUUUAGUUGUUCAGUGUGCUGUAAAAGGUUCCCACAUAAUGCAGAUGCAGUAAAACACAUGAGAACACACAAGGGAAAAUAAUCAAUUAGCUGUUUAGUUUGUGGUAUGUUGCUCAUAUGUGGCGACAUCC